AUGCCCGGCGAGGGCGAUGGUCCUGAGCGCACCCCGAUGCGCAAGAUCGCCGUCUUCUGCGGCUCGAGCAGCGGGAAGAGCCCGAAGUUCGCAGAGGCGGCCGCGGCGCUCGGCAAGGAGAUGACGCGGCGCGGCCAGGGGCUUGUAUACGGCGGCGGCAACAUCGGGCUGAUGGGGAAGGUGGCGCACACCGUCAAGGACGGCGGCUGCUCGGUCCUGGGCGUCAUCCCGACCGAGCUGGAGCCCGAGGAGGUCUCGGGGCAGACCGUCGGCGACGUGCGCGUCGUCGGCGGGAUGCACGAGCGCAAGGCGGUCAUGGCGCAGGAGUCCGACGGGUUCAUCGCGCUCCCGGGGGGGUUCGGAACGAUGGAGGAGCUGCUCGAGGUGCUGACGUGGCAGCAGCUGGGGUACCACGCCAAGCCCGUGGGUCUGCUGAACGUUGAGGGGUACUACGACCCGCUUCUGACGUUCCUCGACAACGCCGUGGAGCUCGGAUUCCUCUCGAAGCAGUCGCGAGCGUCGCUGCUGGUGUCGACCGACCCUGCCGACCUCAUCGACCAGCUCGAAGCCUACCGCGCGCCGCCCAGCGUGAUCCAGCUCGCCAAGGAGGGCAAGUUCGACCUGCUCACCCAAGGCUAG